ACACAUAAUUUCAACGUCAGCGCAUUCCUUGCCACAGCCGAAACACCCCGCUUUUCUGCUUGCCAAUGCAUGCCUAAUGCAUUUUUUUGUUUUGUUUUGUUUGUUCUGCUAGGCUUGAUUUAAAAAUCUCAACAUGUAUUACUAUUCCUAUUAAUCAAGGACAAGUAUACAGAUAACUACAUAUCACUAUACUUGGUUCUUGUUGAGUUCCUUAAUGAACAGCACUUUUACCCAGCCAGAAAUACAUUUUUCUUAAUUUAUUGUUGUUAUUAUUAUUGUUGUUGUGUUUAUUAUUAUUAUUAUUAUUAUUAUUUGGGGGGGUUGGUUGUUUUUGGCUUGAGCUUGAUUUCUCAUUGUUGUGUAUAUAUCUCCCCCUGAUGUUGUUGAGAGUAGAAUAUACAGGUGACUUGCUGUAUUCUGUAAAGUGGGGGGCAUGCCACAGGUAAUGAAGCCGGGAAAGCUUGUUCCUUGUUGAUUACUCAGUUUUGGGAGUAAAGAUAGAUGGAUGUUUGUGUGUAGUGAUUGGACUGUCCAGCCCUGAGGUAGAUGCUGCUGAACUAAAAAAGUCCAACCCAGACAAAAUCAGAUGGAAAAACUGAGUUUUUAAUGCCAGGCUUAAAGUUCAAUUUCAGUGUCAGUGUAACCAAAACUGAUAACUUGAGUCAAAAUUUCACUGUUGGCGCCUCUGACUUUGUCUAAAGAACUUGUAUGUGGUGUUAGUCAGCAGAGAUCUUUUUCAGGGCUGCACAGCUGUGUAUCUCACAACUUCACACACUGAUGGGCUCGCUCUUCUAUGUCUUUUCCUCCUUUAAUGCUUACAGGGCGGCUGAGGAAGCCAUGAUUUCAGAUCUGGAUGAGAACAACCCAGGCACAGAGUGGGAGCGGGUGGCACGGCUCUGUGACUUUAAUCCCAAGUCCAGCAAGCAGGCUAAGGAUGUGUCCCGCAUGCGUUCAGUCCUCAUCUCUCUGAAGCAGUCCCCACUAGUCCGCUAGACACCCAAGGCUGCUCGGGAAAUUAUUCCAUAUCAUCUUUUUCCAUGACACGUCAACGAAACCAACUACUCAUGCCCCUCCAUUUGUAUUCUGAUAUCAAGGGGCACUUACACCCCUGUGUCCAUAUCUGUCAGUCAUGCACAGCCUUGUUUCCCCACCUCAAAGGGUAUAGUUACAUGCCUUACCCUGAUGUAUUUCCUCCCGGCAGGGCUGUAAAGAUUAGCCUUGAUGUACCUGCUCACUAUUGUCUGCCCCUUAAAGAUUUUACCUAUACACCUCUUUAAUAAAUCAGUCAAGACUU